AUGGCAGAUCCUAAUUCUCCACCACAAAUGGCUUCAUCACAGUUUUCAACCACCGCUCGUCCACCAUUAACAUCUCCACAUUCAUCAACAUCAUCAUCUAUAUCAAUAGCUCAUCCACCACCGUCACCAACAACAUUACCAUAUAUUCCACAACCUUUAUCAAUUGCUCCUCCACCAAUACCAUCAUCUGCACCGCCUUUAUCAAUCGCUCAACCGCAACCACCACUAUCAUUAUCGCGUCCACUAGUAUCAUUACCAUUGAAUUCAUUCAUAGAUUUAAAUAAAAUACACCUUGAUAACAAGCCACAUCUACCACUGAAUCCACUUAUAGAUUUAAACCAAGACGCCAAACAAAAUGAGGCUUGCAUCGACGAGUUCCUCCUUCACAACAGGAGAAACUUUGCACGGAGUGAAGUGCCGGUGAGAAUCAUGUUCUUCAAAAACAAGGUCUUGGAUGAUUUCAAAGGUGAAGUAUUGGAGUCUUUACGAAACAGUUUUGCAAGUGGAAAGACAAUUGUGCCUUGA